CUUGUAAACUUUAUUAUUAUUUUGACAUGAAGAUUGUAGCUCUCGUAAGUGGUGGCAAGGACAGUUGUUAUAACAUGAUGCAAUGUGUUGCCAACGGUCAUGAAAUUGCUGCUAUUGCCAACCUCAAACCUCCCAUUCAAUCCGGCAAAGACGAAUUGGAUAGCUUCAUGUACCAAACAGUAGGUCAUGACGCCAUUUACUUGUACUCGGAAUGUAUGGACGUGCCUCUUUACAGAAGAGACAUUCUUGGUGGAUCCUUACUUCAAGGUUCUGAUUAUACUGUCACUGCUGACGAUGAGACAGAAGAUCUCUACAUGUUGUUAAAGGACGUUUUGAAAGAUCAUCCAGAUAUUGGUGGUGUCUCUGUCGGUGCCAUUUUAUCAAACUAUCAACGUGUGCGCGUAGAACAUGUGUGUAAUCGAUUGGGAUUGACUUCAUUUGCUUAUUUAUGGCGAAGAGAACAAAAGGAUUUGUUAUGGGAAAUGGCGAACGCUGGUGUGACAGCUAUCUUGAUUAAAAUUGCUGCCAUUGGUUUAAAACCCAUUCAUCUGGGUAAAUCCAUUGCUCAAAUGUACCCUUACUUGUGUAAAAUGAACGACAUGUACGAUUUGCAUAUCUGUGGUGAAGGUGGUGAGUAUGAAACUUUCACUGUGGAUUGUCCUUUAUUCAAGAGACGCAUUGUUGUCGAGGAAACAGAAACCGUAAUUCAUUCAGACGAUGCAUUUGCUCAGGUCGCUUACUUGAAAUUCAAGAAAUGUACUACAGUGGAAAAGACAGUGGAAGAAAUGGAUAUGAGCAAAACAGUUAUUCAAAAUUGGAAAGACUGGGAUUCUUAUGACGAGAUUGUAUCGGCUGUGAACAAUGGAAAAGAGGAGUCGCUCAUGAUCCCAUCAAAGACUAUCCAGGAUGAUGUAAAAGAAAAUGAAGUGCACAUAGCAUCGGAUCAUGCACCUUUCUUUGCUAUUGGUGGAACCACGGCCUACGAUAAAGAUGCGGAUAUUACAUUUAAUAACAUUGAAGAGGAAACAAUGGCAUGUAUGAAAGCAGUUGGAGAAAAACUCGCCGAGAAACAGUUGGAAUGGAAGGAUGUAGUUACCAUGAACGUCUUUGUUCGCAACAUGAAUGAUUUUGGUAGAAUUAAUGCAGUCUAUAAAACUUUCUUCGACAUCAACCCUUCACCUCGUGCCCUGGUCGGAGUUAAUUUAGAUAAAAGUGCUAACCUUCAAAUUGAUCUCGUUGCGAUCCAAUCCAUGCCUAAUGUCAAAAGAGAAACCAUGCAUGUCCAAGGUAUCUCUUAUUGGGCACCUGCAAACAUUGGUCCUUAUUCACAAAGUGUUAUUACUCAAGGUCAUGCUUUUGUAGCAGGUCAAAUUGGUCUUGUACCAAACACACUGGAUUUACCCACCCCAUCUUCUUUUGCUGACGAAGCUGCAUUAUCUCUCCGAAAUUUAGAAAAUAUCGUUUCCGUGUUAGAACUACCUCUACAAGCCAAUAUUGCUCUUUGUUAUUGUUUUGUUAGCGACCCUACCUAUUUACCUUUGGCACGUUCUGCUUGGGAAACCUACAUGGAGGGAGACACACCUCCCACUGUGUAUAUCGCGGUCUCUUCCUUGCCCAAGAAUGCCAUGGUGGAAUGGCAAGUGCUCUUAAACGCACCUCUUCCUGUUCCUUUUGGAGAGGAGGAGUAUGAUAAUACCACGGACGAAGAAUUGGAUGAUGAAACUAUUAAGGCUUUAGCUUGGAUGAAAAUCAGACAAGAUCCAUUUGAGAUCAAAACAGUACCUGGUGUCCAAUGCAAAGCAUUUGCCAAGAGUAAUGUUACUACUAUCGUAGCACAAAUAACAGAUAGCGAUAGCUUGAAGGGAAUGACAUCCCAGCUACUUGCAUCGAUAGAUGAAGCGUUAAAGGAGAGCAAAAAGAAAUGGGAAGAUGUUCUCUCACUUCGAAUUUUUUAUCGCGAUGAUAUGAAGCUUGGAAACGCAAGUAUGGUGAAUGCCUUCAGCAAAGAUAUACUUAAACGAUCCAAACAUGUCCCUGCUAUGACUGGUAUUCCUGUCACAGCCUUGAAUUCCAGAGGCGAAAGUUCUAUUUCAUGCACACUUCAUGUCCUGUAAACCACUAGUUAGAAAUAAAAACAUGUACGUAGUAAAUGCAUAUAAAGUCGGACAAGAGUAUACAAUAGA